UCUUAUUGCCGCUGAGUUGCGCUCCUCUUCCUCAGGCUGCGAGCAGGAGCCGCCCGGGUGCUUCUCCCUUCCCCGGCCGGCCGGGAGUCCCUGCAGCGGCAGCGCGCCGGCUCGCCUCCCGCCGGGGCAGAGCACCCCCCGCCCCGUCUCCCGGAGCCCCCCCCCGGCAGAGCACUCCCGAGGUGCCAGCAGCCGCCCGGAUUUUUGUCUGUCUUGUUUGUCUAUUUGUUGGGGUUGGUUUUUUGUUUUGUUUUGUUUUGUUUUCCUUCGUUUUCAUUUGGCUUUCUAGUCUGGGAAUGGCAGGGGCAGCAGCGCCUGGAGAAGGAACAAGUGUGGGGAAAGGGAGAGGGAGCCGGAGCUAAAUGACAGGAUGCGGGCGACUUGAGGCACAGAAAGAAGCCAGCCUCCCUCUGCCCCCGGGACUGCCCUUGCCGACCGUGCUUUCUGCUCCCGACUCCGGCUGGAGGAUUUAAGACCUCGGAAGUGUUGUGCGUGGAGGGCUUUUUUUUUGUUGUUGUUACUUUUUUUUUAUUUUUUCCUCCUUUCCCUGCUGUCGGAAGGGAAAAAUGGAUUGGGGACUUCUCCUGCGCUGUGCAACCCUCACCUUCACCCUCGCCGGGGCUCUAAGAAGCGAUAAGUGCGGCGACACCAUCAAAAUUGUAAGCCCCGGGUACCUGACGUCUCCCGGCUACCCCCAGUCCUACCACCCCAGCCAGAAGUGCGAGUGGCUGAUCCAGGCGCCGGAGCCUUACCAGAGGAUCAUGAUCAACUUCAACCCCCACUUCGACCUGGAGGACCGCGACUGCAAGUAUGAUUACGUUGAAGUGAUUGAUGGAGAUAAUGCUGAAGGACGCUUAUGGGGAAAGUACUGUGGAAAAAUUGCUCCCCCUCCUUUAGUGUCAUCAGGACCAUACCUUUUUAUUAAAUUUGUUUCUGACUAUGAGACACAUGGAGCAGGAUUUUCUAUCCGUUACGAAGUUUUCAAACGAGGACCUGAAUGUUCCAGAAACUUUACUUCAUCGAGUGGAGUGAUAAAGUCCCCUGGAUUCCCUGAAAAAUAUCCCAAUAGCCUUGAAUGCACUUAUAUUAUCUUUGCACCAAAGAUGUCAGAGAUUAUACUGGAAUUUGAAAGCUUUGAGCUAGAACCUGAUUCAAAUACUCCAGGGGGAGCAUUCUGUCGCUAUGACCGAUUGGAAAUCUGGGAUGGAUUCCCUGAUGUUGGCCCACACAUAGGGCGUUACUGUGGACAGAACAACCCAGGACGUGUCCGGUCUUCAACAGGGAUUCUUUCUAUGGUAUUUUACACUGACAGUGCAAUAGCAAAAGAGGGAUUCUCAGCAAACUACAGCGUGUCGCAGAGCAGUGUAUCAGAAGAUUUCCAGUGCAUGGAACCACUAGGUAUGGAGUCAGGAGAAAUUCACUCUGAUCAAAUCACUGUCUCCUCCCAGUACAGCGCUAUCUGGUCUUCAGAAAGGUCUCGGCUAAAUUACCCUGAGAAUGGAUGGACCCCAGGGGAAGAUUCUACCAGAGAAUGGAUACAGGUAGAUCUAGGCCUCCUCCGCUUUGUUUCUGGAAUUGGUACCCAGGGAGCCAUCUCAAAAGAAACGAAGAAAGAAUAUUAUCUGAAAACAUAUCGUGUAGACGUCAGCUCUAAUGGAGAGGACUGGAUUACACUGAAGGAGGGAAAUAAGCCCGUCGUGUUUCAAGGGAACAGCAAUCCCACUGAGGUUGUUUACAGACCUUUUGCCAAACCAGUUUUAACACGGUUUGUGCGAAUUAGACCUUUGUCUUGGGAAAAUGGAGUAUCACUGAGAUUUGAAGUUUAUGGCUGCAAGAUAACAGAUUAUCCUUGCUCUGGGAUGCUGGGUAUGGUGUCUGGGCUCAUUCCCGACUCUCAGAUUACUGCAUCUACUCAAGUUGAUCGAAACUGGAUCCCAGAAAAUGCUCGCCUCAUAACAAGCCGUUCAGGUUGGGCGCUGCCACCAACUACUCAUCCAUAUACAAAUGAAUGGCUUCAAAUAGACCUUGGGGAAGAAAAAAAAGUCAGGGGCAUAAUUGUACAAGGAGGCAAGCACCGAGAAAACAAAGUAUUCAUGAAGAAAUUCAAAAUUGGCUACAGCAACAAUGGAUCAGAUUGGAAAAUGAUCAUGGAUUCCAGCAAGAAAAAGAUAAAGACUUUUGAAGGUAACACCAACUAUGACACGCCUGAACUGCGGACUUUUGAACCUGUCCUGACGAGAUUCAUCCGUGUCUACCCUGAGAGAGCCACACAUGGAGGACUGGGGCUGCGAAUGGAGCUGCUGGGCUGUGAACUCGAAGCUCCUACCGCUGUCCCUACUGUUUCUGAAGGCAAACCCGUGGAUGAGUGUGAUGACGACCAGGCAAACUGUCACAGUGGCACAGGUGAUGACUACCAACUGACAGGUGGUACUACAGUGCUGAAUACAGAAAAGCCAACAGUGAUAGACAAUACGUUACAACCAGAGCUGCCACUAUACAACUUCAACUGUGCCUUUGGCUGGGGAUCCCAGAAGACUUUGUGCCACUGGGAACAUGACAACCAGGUGGAUUUGAAGUGGGCAAUCCUGACCAGUAAAACUGGACCGAUUCAAGACCACACAGUAGGAGAUGGCAAUUUCAUUUACUCGCAAGCUGACGAAAGCCAGAAAGGGAAAGUCGCCCGACUGCUGAGCCCUGUGAUUUACUCGCAGAACUCUGCCCACUGCAUGACUUUCUGGUACCACAUGUCUGGGGCACAUGUUGGCACCUUGAAGAUCAAACUGCGGUACCAAAAGCCAGAUGAAUAUGACCAGGUGGUGUGGACCCUGAGUGGGCACCAGGCAAACUGCUGGAAGGAGGGACGUGUUCUUCUUCACAAGUCUGUGAAACACUAUCAGGUGGUUAUUGAGGGAGAAAUUGGAAAAGGAACUGGAGGAAUUGCUGUGGAUGAUAUUAAAAUUGACAAUCACGUAGCACAAGAAGAUUGCCGAAAAUCAACUGAUGUGGAGAAUGAAAUAGAUGAAGAAGAAGAUCCAGAAAGUAAUCAAACAGGGUUUACACCUCCAUACCACACAGGCGAUGACUACGACGAUAACAUCUCCAGGAAACCAGGCAACGUCCUGAAGACCCUAGAUCCAAUCCUUAUUACUAUCAUAGCCAUGAGCGCACUUGGGGUGCUCUUAGGAGCUAUCUGUGGAGUUGUCCUGUACUGUGCCUGUUGGCACAACGGGAUGUCAGAGAGGAACUUGUCUGCACUGGAGAAUUACAAUUUUGAACUAGUCGAUGGUGUAAAACUGAAAAAAGAUAAACUAAACACACAGAAUUCAUACUCGGAAGCAUGAAGGUAUAAAGCGACUGGAGAAGUUUCAGAGAAUCGGGAUGGAAGGACAUAGCUCGGUCGUGCUGGGGAACUGUUGAUCUUCUUUUACUGUACAGGCUGAAAAGUGCAUUGAUGACACUGAGCCAAGCUUUUCUCAGGAGCUUCAAUGAGUGUGUAACCGAUGAUAAACAUGGACAACAAUCUGUGUUAACAAUCUGAAUCAUGUACAGUCUGCUUUUUCUGUUGGUUUUAUUUGAAAUAAUCAAAUGCUGGUGUUGAGACCAAGUAUGAUUGACUUACAGUUCAUUUUGUCUUUCUUUCUCUCCCUCUCUUUUUGUUUUCCGUUAAUGGAUAAUUUUGGUUUUACUGUGCAAAAUCCAAGAUGCUGUCACAAAACGUAUUCAGUGGGGUCCUUUGGAUGGACAUGCUGUCUGUAGCUCAGUGCCCAGAAAAUAUUGGAGUAACAGCAAUUUAGUGGACUCCUGCACCUGUAUUUGUGUAUAAUUGCUCGUGUUGUGCAUAGGCAAAGAAGGGUUAGGAUGUUUUUGAAAGUACUGUUGCAUCAGUACUGAUAUAGUGUGUCAGCUCUGUUUACGAAGCAAUACAGUCAAAUUUUAUUGAUGUUUUUCAGUGUUGUACUAAAUUUUGUGCUUGUGAACUCCAUAAAAGGGUAUGUGCCAUCAUCAGACACAACUGGUAACCAAGUGUACUGCCUAAAAACUAAACAAAAAAAGUCCUUGGCACUGGCUAGUGUAUGUCCUCUCAAGUGCCUUUUUGUUUGUACUGCUUCUCGUUGUGUUAACAUUAACUACAGCUCUGCUUCUCUGCAGUUAUGCCCUUGUCUUUAAUCACAUUCUGAUGGCUCACUAACUAAAGAAAAGUAUAUUUUAGUGUAAGAAAAUAGCCUCAGCAAGGCAAGGGCUAAUGAGAUUUGACUACCGGGCUCGAUUGUUCUGCUUUCUGUAUUUCAACUUCAUGUCUCUUGACCCUUUUGUAUAAAGCUGCAAUAUCCCCUUUUAUUGUUCUUUCAUAUAGAAUGUAUUUUCAAAUGUAAAAUCUCUCUCCCUUUUUCUUCUCUUCUCUUCUCUUCUCUUCUCUUCUCUUCUCUUCUCUUCUCUUCUCUUCUCUUCUCUUCUCUUCUCUUCUCUUCUCUUCUCUCUGAGUAGAUCGUAUAAGCAUUUGCCAUUGCCAAGGAAAGAAAAUUGCAGCUUUAACUUGCUGGUAAUGGCAAAGGAUUUUAUUAGAGUUUGUGCUAAAAAAAUAAGGGAAAAUUCUAGACUUUACCCUCCAAAGUCGAACUUUGGGUUUCUUCUUAACAGCAUAAAGUGACAGUAUCUUUUUUCCUGAAGUCAUGAAACAUGUCUUUUAUCCUGAACAGCUUGCCUGUUAAUUACACUAGGGAAAAUGAUUCCCUUACUGAAAAAGUUGUCUUUAAAAUAACAAACUUUCCUCCUCCUGCCCCUACCUGAAGCCAGAGUUCUGUUCUCUCAGAAAAUGUGUAUUUUCAUGCUAAUCAAUAUUAAUUAGGAUACUGAGGGCAGAAAAAAAUCCCACAGUGUAUGUAGACCAUAUUCUUACCAUCCUGUAAUAUCCAGCUGGCUUUUCAUACCAGGAGGUUUCUGUUUGACCAGAAGUGCAGAUAGUGAUGGACAGAAAAAAAUUGUGUUUGACAAUUAUGUGGAAUUCUUUUAAUACUUUAGGAUAAAUAUUAUUGGACAAGUAAUAUUCAACACACUAUGCAGCUGGUCCAACAGGGUAAAAAGAAACAAGAUUUUGUUUCCUGCAGGGGUCCAAAGGAGGAGGCAAGAGACCAAAGGGGAUCACUCUCCUCCUGCAGCUGUGACAGGAGCCCUGGCGUUUUCUGCAGCGACUGACACACAGCACAGCCAUAACUGGGGAGGCAGUGGAAUAAGGCAGCUUUAACCUUCCCCUGAGUAUCUACCAACCAGCAGAUAAAACUAGCGCAAACACGGGGAAAGGAACAUUCUGCAAAGUGCUGAAUUCACAUUUUUCCUCACUGAACUCCCCGAGUAGAGUCAGGGAAGUGAUUGCGACUUUCUGAGUUAGACUAUUCUAAACUUGCUUUUGUAUUAGAGCAAUGAAGUAUCCUGUCCAGGAUUAGGACUAAAGAAGGGCUAAUUCAGCCUUGAAUUAUAUAGAGCAACAGAAUCCAACCUUAUUUGUGAAGCAUAUAAUGUCACCAAUAUGGACUUGAAAAUAGGAAAUUCUGUGAAUAGGAAAAUCACAGACAUGCUAUUUCAAAUGAGUUCUAAAGGCAAAGACUACAGUUAAAAUUCAAAUACCCAGUUCAGGUCAUCAGACCUUAGAUGCCUAAAUUAUAAGAGUUACUUGGCCAGGCUCUAGACUUUGAGUCCUCUAGAAGGUGAGACCGAGCACCUAAAGCCUGAAAGUUUUACAUAAAUGAUAGUCCUUGAAACGUCCCAAGUGACAAAGUCACUUUGGCAGAGGCAGAAGUUGCAUUUGUAUCUAACACUGUAAUUUGACCAUAGUGGUUUCACAGCAGCUAGUUAAUUAACCCAAAGAGAAAAAGGAUUUUUCAAACCUAUUUUCAGCACACCACCACCAUUGUGUGAUUCAGGUGUUUAAGUCUGUUCUCCUUAGCUGAAAAAAAUUCUGGUCCACUAACUUGACUGACAUUUACAUGCAAGUAUUGCCUUGAAGGGAAAAUCCCAUACGGGAGCCCAAGCCCAAAACCUUUUGAAAUAUUCCCAUGGAUUUCAAAAUAUUCUGGACCAGCUCUUGGUCUUGAUCUAUUUGAACAGUAAAGCUGGUGGCUGGUGAGUUUUUUUUGUUCUUUUGACAUACUGAGAAUAACAAACAUAACAAGAAAUUUAUCUCCUUUGCGGUCUUGAGACCUUACUAUGAUAAUGAGGAUCUAGCACUGAAGAUUUGAUUUCUCUGAAGUUAAUAGAAUGAAAGUUGCCCUUCAAUAAAGGAAAAAUGAUACUGCAACUUUACAUUGAAAAGUAUCUUGCACUGAUAAAUAUAUUUAAAAGAAUUAUAUGUUUAUAAAGUUAUUAAUUUGUAAAGGCAGUGUUACAAAAUGUUCCGUUUAUAUUGUUUUAGAUUGUUUCAUAAUUUUUAAAGUGUAAAAUAUCAUAUUUUUUUCUUUAUUGAAAAACUAUAAAAAUCUUCUGUAGUAAAAUGAUUUCAUUUUACUGGUAUAUUAUUGCUUCAUGUUUUGUACCAUCGUAAAACUUUGUGCAAAUUUUUUUUACAGAAAUUUUUAUUUUCUAUGACAAUAUGACACUUGUAAAUUGUUGUUUCAAAAUGAACAGCGAAGCCUUAACUUUAAAUGACAUUUGUAUUCUCAGACACUGAGUAGCAUAAAAAAGAAAUCACAUAGAACUGAAAUGUAACUUAAAUUUCCAAACUAUGACUACUACAUUCCAAAGAAACAGUUGAAUUAAACAUUUUCAUAAAAUA